ACGCACAAUUUGACGCUGCCUUUCCACAUGUGAUGUGAUUCAUCAUUCACGUGGAUCAAUUACCUUAAUAAAAACGAAGUCGUACGACGACCCUAAGAAAUUGAAAAAAAAAAAAAGGAAAACCUCCGGCGGGGUGGAGACGAAGAUGACCAACAACAGCAGCAAGAAGAGCAAAAUACUGAUAAUCGGGGUCACUGGUAGCCUAGGUUUUGACCUCGCUAAAGCCAGCGUCGGUGCCUCUCAUCCCACUUUUGGCCUCGUCAGAGAUUCCGCUUUCUCUGAUUCAAACAAGUCCGAGAAGCUCCAAUUCCUCUCCAAUGCCGGCGUUACCCUACUCAAGGGCUCUUUGCAAGACGAAGACAGCCUCAUUGAAGCAAUCAAGAAAGUCGAUGUGGUUAUUUGUUCGAUUCCGUCCCAGCAUGUCCUCGAUCAGAAGCUCCUCAUCCAAGCUAUCAAGCUUGCUGGUUGCAUCAAGAGGUUCAUUCCAUCCGAGUUUGGUUUAGACCCUGACAAAAGUCAAGUAGCCGACCUGGACUACAGCUUCUAUUCAAAAAAGGCUGAAAUUCGGCGUCUUAUAGAGGCUGAACACAUCCCUUACACCUAUAUUUGUUGCAACUUCUUUAUGAGGUUCUUGCUUCCCUCGCUCGUGCAACCAGGCUUAAAAUCUCCUCCAAGAGACAAAGUCACUAUAUACGGGGAUGGAACUAUUAAAGGUGUUUUUGUGAAGGAAAGUGAUGUUGCGGCAUUCACUGUUUGCACUGUGGAUGAUCCACGAUCAUUAAAUAAGGCACUAUAUCUGCGACCUCCAGGGAACGUUUACUCCAUGAAUGAGCUGAUGGAGAUUUGGGAGACUAAAAUUGGCAAGGAACUUCAGAAGACUUGCAUCACAGAACAAGAGCUACUUGAGAAAAUUAAAGCAAUGUGCAGAAACCCCAUACCCGGAUUGCAUGGAGAUGGUUUUCAUAUAUUCUGCUUUUGUAAAGGGGGAUCAGACAUACUACGACAUCGAGUCCUCAAAUGGAGUUGAAGGGACACAACUGUAUCCGCAAGUCACGUACACUACAAUAAGCGAGUAUUUAGAUACCUUACUAUGAAUUUGCUUGCUGUCGUAUUGCUGUUUCAUUCUAAGAAAUGCACGUCUUUAAAAGUUAAAGGGGUGCUAAGUGAUAUUUUUUAAAGUUUAGGGGUGCUAAGUGAUACUGUCACACACUUUCAAGGGAGGUUUCUGAAAUUAUCCCUUUCUUUUUAGGUUCCAUUUUUGAGCGACUUUCUA